GCAGCCGCCGGCGCUCCCGGGGAGCCGGAGCCGGAGCCAGCGCGCGGGUGUGCGGGCCGCAGAGGUCCUGCGGGCGGAAGUGCGGCAGCGGUGUGGGCGGAGGUGCGGGCCGGGCCCGGGUCGGACCCCGCGGGGACGGCCGCCUCCCCGCGCCCGCCGCGCGCCCGCCGGCCCUUCUCUGGCGCUGAGCGCGCCCCGGAGGACGGGGUCGCCGCUCGGGGGCAGCGCGACUGAGCCCGGCGCCCGGGCCCAGGAGGAGGGGCUGCCUCGCCACCCAGAUCGGCCGGGCGAGCGCAGGCGGGAGCAGCGGCCCUUGGCAGGCCUCCGCCUCCUCCUCCUCCUCCCCCUUCCCCCGUUCCUCCUCUGGCGCCAGCCCCCGGCGCGCCCAGCCGGAACCCGGCGAGCGCGGGGCGGAGGAGAGGCGAGCGCGCAGAGCUGGCGGGCCCCGCCGCGGCCCCCGCGGCCAUGUCGGCCGAGGAGAUGGUGCAGAUCCGCCUGGAGGACCGCUGCUACCCGGUGAGCAAGAGGAAGCUCAUCGAGCAGAGCGACUACUUUCGCGCGCUCUACCGCUCCGGCAUGCGCGAGGCCCUGCGCGCCGAGGCGGGCGGCCCCGAGGUGCAGCAGCUGCGCGGCCUGAGCGCGCCGGGCCUGCGCCUGGUGCUGGACUUCAUCAACGCCGGCGGCGCCCGCGAGGGCUGCUGGCUGCUGGGCCCGCGGGGGGACCAGGGCGGCGGCGGCGCGGCCGACGAGGAGGACCUGGACGAGGCGGGCCUGCUGUCCGAGCUGGUGGAGGCGGCCUCCUUCCUGCAGGUCACGUCGCUGCUGCAGCUGCUGCUGUCCCAGGUGCGGCUCACCAACUGCCUGGAGCUGUACCGCCUGGCGCAGGUGUACGGGCUGCCCGACCUGCAGGAGGCCUGCCUGCGCUUCAUGGUGGUCCACUUCCACGAGGUGCUGUGCAAGCCCCAGUUCCACCUCCUGGGCUCCCCCGCGCAGGCCCCCGGGGACGUCAGCCUGAAGCAGAGGCUGAGGGAGGCCCGGAUGACGGGGACGCCCGUCCUCGUGGCCCUGGGGGAUUUCCUGGGGGGGCCCUUGGCCCCGCACCCCUACCAGGGGGAGCCCCCGUCCAUGCUCAGGUACGAGGAGAUGACGGAGCGUUGGUUCCCGCUGGCCAACAACCUUCCUCCCGACCUGGUGAACGUCCGGGGCUACGGGUCUGCCAUCCUGGACAACUACCUCUUCAUCGUGGGCGGCUACAGGAUCACCAGCCAGGAGAUCUCCGCCGCGCACUCCUACAACCCCAGCACCAACGAGUGGCUCCAGGUGGCCUCCAUGAACCAGAAGAGGUCUAACUUCAAACUUGUGGCCGUUAAUUAUAAACUCUACGCCAUCGGCGGGCAGGUCGUGUCCAAUGUCGAGUGUUACAAUCCCGAGCAGGAUGCGUGGAAUUUUGUCGCGCCCUUACCCAAUCCUCUGGCUGAGUUCUCUGCGUGCGAGUGCAAGGGGAAAAUCUAUGUCAUUGGAGGAUAUACGACCAAAGACCGGAACAUGAACAUUCUGCAGUACUGCCCCUCCGCCGACAUCUGGACCCUCUUUGAAACGUGCGACGUCCACAUCCGCAAGCAGCAGAUGGUGUCGGUGGAGGAGACCAUCUACAUCGUGGGGGGCUGUCUCCACGAACUGGGGCCCAACCGGAGGAGCAGCCAGAGCGAGGACAUGCUCACCGUGCAGUCCUACAACACUGUCACCCGGCAGUGGCUCUACCUCAAGGAGAACACGUCCAAGUCGGGCCUCAACUUGACUUGCGCGCUGCACAACGACGGCAUCUACAUCAUGAGCAGGGACGUGACCCUGUCCACCAGCCUGGAGCAUCGCGUGUUCCUCAAGUACAACAUCUUCGCCGACAGCUGGGAAGCAUUCAGGCGUUUUCCAGCCUUUGGACACAACCUGCUGGUGUCCUCUCUUUAUCUGCCCAAUAAAACGGAAACAUGACUGAAGCGGCUUAGCAGUUACAAGAAGCCUGGUUCAAGACAAAAAAUGAGACUAGGGCUCCAUUUCCAGGGAGGCUGACUUCAUAGGUCACAUAGACAACAGCUGUAAAUAAGCUUACUUGAACUAAUUACUUGAAAACUUGUGGAGAAAGAGAGACCAACACUAUUAUUUUUUUAAUUAUUUGGUUUUUAAAUUAUGGGAGCAAACCCAUGACCAUGUUUUCAUCCAGCUAGGAUAACCGUGAGCCAGUGACUAAAACUGAUCAUUGAAAAGAAGAUGCAUUGUGUUUGCUUCGUAAAGGGCCAAAGUCAGUAAUUGGUGAGAAUGGUAAAGAUGAUUUUAAAAUCUGUUUCAUUUCAGUCACUUGAAAUAUCCUAAUACCGUAAGUGAGAGUGUUUUUUUGUUGUUAUUGUUGUUUAUUAAUUUACUUGACAAACAGUUGUAUUAACACUAUAGUUUCCACCUUUCCCCCAAUUAUAACCAUGCAUAUAAUGUUCAGAUACCUUAUUUGCACACUACCUUCCAGGAAACAUACAGUGAUGGAACUCUACAGUGAAGCCUUGCAAGCCUCCAAAACUUGCAUAAAAACGUCCUCAGUGCUUUUUCCAGUCUUAUUUUGCAAUUAUAAAAUGCUGAGUAAAUAGGCAGAUAUAAGCCCUUAUUUCAUUUAUGUGGCAGGUAGCAGAUAUAUGGCCAGAGAAGUUGCAUUGCUUAUUGAAUAGAGGAUAUAUUAUUUAGAAGGAUGCAUCCAUAUAUUGAUAUAUUUUAAAGUGGAGUCGUAAAUUCAGAGGGGAAGAAAGCACCCAAUAAGAAAAAUAACCACCUUUUAAGAGUUACUUUGAUUGAAUGUAUUUGACUUAGUUCUUUCUUUUUAAGACUAAAAAAAUAAUAAUAAUAACCUUAUCCUAUUUAGACCAAGCAUCUUUCUAAUUUACUUUUAGCCUUUGAAUUCACGCUUUGCUUUGGUGGGGUAGGGUGAGGGAAGCUGUGAACGGCUUGCGCUGGAGAGCGGGGACGAGGCUCCGACAGAGGCGGUGUGGCAGCUGGGGCUAUUUCUGAAGUUGGGUAAGGAGCUCUACUUGAUUGUUCAAUCCUAGGGAGCCCAGUUCAAGCAGUUGCGUGUUUUUAAUAAGUCAGUUAACAGUGGAUAAAAGCUUCUGCCCAUCAUAGAUCAGCAUUUCUUAAAAAAGACACACAUACUUACAGGAAAUUUGUUUUGAUUGGAAAACACUUUCUGAACUUCUCUGAUCUUUUGUAACGGAACCAGGUCAGCGGUGCACUGGAUUCCACCCUAACAUUCCAGUUAGCGCGCCUCCCUCCAGGAGAGCUGGCAGGAAAGCGGACAGGGUCAUGCAAGCUCAUCACCGCAGAUGCUUCCCACGUGCAGACGGGGUCUCGGGAGCCGCUGCUUCAACAGUGCCUGUCUUCCAGGGCUCACUCCAGGGUGUCUACAGUCGUGGCCGCCUGGCAUAUUUAAAAUGAGGGUCUGGCUGUAAAAACUAUUUGCACAACUUUUCAGGAACACUGCUAGGUAAAGUGAGGUAAGCCUUUAUUGUGGAGACAGAUCUUUGUAUCUUGUCACCAACUAGUCCUAUGAUAGAACACCCCUCAGUACUCAGAAAUCUAUUUAAGGGUUUCUAAGCCAUAUCCGUUUAUUCUCAAAUAUGUAGCCUUUUAUUUUUUUGCGCUGAAAUCUUCCUGGGAAUGGUACUUUAACACUAGGUUUAUAUUACUUUAUAUUCAUUAUAGAAUUGAAUUUCUAGUGACCUAUAAUUUUAUUACAUGUAUUUUAAAAAAUAUAAUUUAUUUUAGAUAGUGUUAACUUCUGUUGCUACAGAGCUUAACUUGUUAAGGCUUGACAUUUUGCAUUUAGAAGAUUCUGGCCAGUUGAAUUAGUUCUAGAUGAGCAAUUGGAUAUUAGCUUGUAAAUAUUAUAUGAACAAUGUUAGUCCUGCCAACUAGUUCCCUUCCUGAUUACAUUCUUUGGGUCCGUUUUCCUAAUUCCAACAACUAGAUUCUUGGCCCAAGGGAAGGCAUACUCUAAUCCACAAAGCUCUUUUUAUAAAUCAGGUUUGCUUUGUAUGUACAUGUGCCCCCCCCCCUUUCUCUCUCUCACUGUCUCUCUCUCUCUCUCUCUCUUUCUCUCACUGUGUGUGUGUGUGUGUGUGUGUGUGUGUGUGUGUGUGUGUGUAGGCUGGGAUAUUAUAAUUCUCUCUAAGAUAUGCUGACUUUUCAUAAGGUUUUGUUGCUCUGGACUGCCAGCAGUGUGUGCAAGGUGGAAUGUCCAAUAGGAAUGGACCAGUGGAUUGGGACACCCUCCUUCCUGCAGUGCACAUGAGCUGUGUUGAUAUUUUGAGGGUCAUUUUAAUUUAGCUCUGUUUCCGUGUUGGGGCCAAGGUUCCAGUGAAGAUUACCUAUGUGAAAACUGAUGUUGCUUUGAAAAUCUCCCCUCACCUCCAGGAUUUUGCUCUUUGAUAUUAUCCCUUGGUUUUCUUCCUUUCUCUAAAGGCAUUUUCUUUUCUGAGAUACUU